UUGGACCACGCUGUGACAUGUUGCCGCUGGCCACGGAUGGCUCAAGCCAAGUGUCAGAUCAUUUCCAGCCUCGAAAAGAUCACACUCAAAUAUACAUUCGAGUAUAAUUACUAUGCUUGCAGCGCAAUCCCUCAAAUGAUUUCAAGACGUGCUGUCGCAUCCUGGAGCAUCCCGCAGCUGUCCCUCACUUCUAACUUCACCUCCUUUUCAACACUGCCUCGGAUGGAUCAAUUCCCGUAUACCUCUACCAUUGACGCUGAGCCUCUUCACCGCUAUCAAAAAGGUGGCUACCACCCUAUCACGUUGGGAAGUUUUUUGAAUAACAAAAGAUACAAGAUACUGCACAAAUUAGGGUGGGGAGGCUACUCAACAGUUUGGGCUGCAAGAGAUUGCAGGUUGUUCAAAUUGCAGUUGCUGAGCUCACUUCUAGUUAAAUGA